GGGUUCUAGGCGACGCCGGCCUUGGCGAGGUAUGUAAUGCGGCUCUCUGAUCGAUAGCAGCUAUGAAUCUCCUACGCAAGGAGAGAUCGCAGCGCUCUCUGCUGCGAAAUUCCGUGCCGGCCGCCCGGCCGCAGGGAUUCGAGUCGCUGGGAGCGUCUCUCUCGCUCGGCAACACCGCAAAUUUCACUUUCCUGGCCAGCAGCGGCGUCGGCAAGGAUGAAUCCAGCUCCAGGCCGGGUGUUCGGUGUGGCGGCAGGGAGGAAUCGCUCGAAAUAAGCUCCAGAUCGAGCGUCCGGGUCAGUGGCACGAAGAAAUCCGUCGAUGGCAGUGACAUUGGAAGAUUUGUGGCGGUUCUUAGCGUUAGCAAAUGGACGGGUGGCAUCAACAAGGAGCUCCAGCACAGAGUUUUGGAGAAGUUUAAUGGCUUGAUACGUCGGCAUUGUGACAGGUUGCCACUGGCUUGCGUCGUCCAGCCGGGGACAGGGAAUUGGGAUUGCGGUGGUACCAACGUCAAAGACAAUGCCUGUAGUGGAAUGGUCGCUCCAGACCCGCACAAGAGAGUUCUCAUCCUUAUGAGCGACACAGGCGGUGGUCAUCGUGCUUCUGCCGAAGCCAUCAAAGCUACGUUUGAGCUCGAGUACGGGGACGAAUAUAUUGUAAACAUCGUGGACUUGUGGAAAGAUCACACGCCUUGGCCGUUUAAUCAGGUUCCCAGGACUUACAACUUCCUGGUAAAGCACGAGACGCUCUGGAAGUUUACGUUUCAUGGGACCCGGCCGCGGCUUAUCCAUCAGACGAACUUCGCUGCAACUGGAAUAUUUAUUGCUCGGGAGGUGGCAAAAGGGAUUUUAAAACAUAAGCCGGAUGUUAUUGUCAGCGUGCACCCGCUUAUGCAGCACAUUCCUCUCCGGAUCUUGAAGACGAGAGGUUUACUCGACAGGAUUCCGUUCACCACGGUCAUCACAGACCUGAAUACCUGUCAUCCUACAUGGUUUCACAAGCUGACCACUGUGUGCUUCUGUCCUUCGAAAGAAGUUGCACAGAGAGCGCUUAAGGCUGGCUUGAAACAAUCUCAGAUAAGAGUGCAUGGCUUACCCGUUCGGCCUUCAUUUAGCAGGCCUACCCGUUCGAAGGAUGAGCUCCGGAGAGAACUAGGAAUGGAAGAAGAUCUCUCCGCCGUACUGCUGAUGGGGGGUGGCGAAGGGAUGGGUCCCGUUGAAGAGACCGCUCGAGCACUUGGUGACGCUUUGAAAUGUCCGCAUUCAGGCAAGCCCUUGGGCCAGCUGAUUGUGAUCUGCGGGCGAAACAAACGGCUCGCGAACAGGCUCAAGGCUGUGGAAUGGUCUAUACCUGUUCAGGUGAGCGUGUCUCAUUCAUUUGUCGUUUCAAACGUCAUUUGGUGGUCGCAGAUAAGAGGAUUCGAAACGAACAUGCAAGAGUGGAUGGGAGCUUGUGAUUGCAUCAUCACGAAAGCCGGCCCAGGGACAAUUGCAGAAGCUAUGAUUCGAGGUCUGCCUGUGAUAAUCAACGAUUACAUCGCGGGCCAGGAAGUUGGCAACGUUCCAUACGUGGUGGACAACGGCGUUGGCAAGUACUGCGAGAAUCCAAACGAGAUUGCGCUGACUGUGGCCGAGUGGUUCACAACCAAGAGAAAAGAGCUGGCUCAAAUGGCCGAGAACGCAUGGAAGCUUGCUCGUCCUGAUGCCGUGUUCAGAAUUGUGCAUGAUCUUGCCGAUCUUGCUCAUCAGAAGGGCCUUUUGACACAGCCUCAGGCGCUGGCUUUCUAGCGAGACUGAGAUUGAGCUGUGGGAAAUUUUCGAAAAUCGAAUUCAGGCGUCGAGGUAUCCUACUU